CUAGGCAUGCAGACUGCUUCUACAAACAUUUGUGAAAGAAUGGGUCGCUCUCAGGAGCUCAGUGAAUUCAAACGUGGUACUGUGAUAGGUUGCCACCUGUGCAAUAAGUCCAUCCGUAAAAUUUCCUUGCUACUAAAUAUUCCAUGGUCAACUGUUAGUGGCAUUAUAACAAAUUGGGAACAGCAGCAACUGAGCCACGAAGUGUUAGGCCACUGGUGUAAAGCACGCCGCCACUGAACUCUGGAGCCAUGGAGAUGUGUUCUCUGGAGUGAUGAAUCACAAUUCUCUGUAUCUGGGUUUGGCAGUUGCCAGGAGUACGGCAUUUGCCAGACUGCAUUGUGCCAAGUGUAA